AUACUCGGUGCAGUAGGUGCAGCUGCAACGUGCAGGUGUUACAUCACCGUUGGUGACAAUUUGCAAAACAGUCACGUGAUGGUUGUGCAGGUAGAACGGGUUUAGGAAGACGCUGUGUGAUCGACUUGUUCCCUUCAGCAAGAAACGAUUUUUAUUGACUUCGAAGUGUACUUCCUUCGUAAAGGAUGGCACCGAGAUACGAAUUGGCUGUUGGUCUCAAUAAGGGUCACAAAACAACAAAAAUUCGAGUAGCCAAAACUAAGGCCGAGAAAGAGAAGACUGUCUGUCAUCGACCGUCCAGACUAAAAGGGAAACAAACCAAACAUGGCAAGUUUGUAAGGGACUUGAUUCGAGAAGUUACAGGACAUGCUCCAUAUGAGAAGCGCGCGAUGGAAUUACUGAAGGUCUCCAAAGACAAGCGUGCAUUGAAAUUUUUGAAGAGAAGGCUGGGCACACAUAUUCGUGCUAAAAGGAAGCGAGAAGAGCUUGGAAACAUCCUGGUACAGAUGAGGAAAGCUGCUCAUCAUUAAUAGCUUUCUUGUUCCCAAAUUUCUAAAUUCCAUUAUUUAAAAAAGUCAAUAUCUCAAUUUAAAAUCUAUUAACUUGGGAACCGUUAUAGCUGGCUAUUGCUUUCACUGUUAUCUUGAUUGAAAUGUAUCUUAAAUUAAAAUAAAUUUGAAUAUUUUGCAGUAACCACUA